CUGUUUAUACAAUAGAAUAUGAACAACCUGACGUAGAGGAUUUACGCGUGGUAAUUGGCGUAGGUUUUGCUUACGCUUACCUUCAAGAUAAUAAAGCGAAAAUUAAAGUUAUAGUAAAUGAAGAUUGGGGAAAUUUCAAGAGCCCUAGUAAAACUAAUACAGUAUUACAAUAUGACGAAUCUUAUAAAGAAGCUGUUAAUUGGGGAGCCGGUGCAUUAAGUUCAGAGCCUUCAAAGAGAAAAAAAUUCAAUUUACCAAAACCGGUAGAAUACUUUAAAUUUUAUUUAGGAGAUGUCCCAGAAAGCAAAAAACCAAAAUUACCACGCGUAAAUCCUCUAC